CGGAAGUGAGCCGGGGGCUUGGCCGCACCCCGGCCUCGGAGCCGGAGCCGGAGGUGGAACUGAAGAGCCGUCCUGUCGAACGGCCGCCCUCCGGCGGUGGACCCCGGGCAGGGUCCGAGCCAGGUGUCCACGAUGCUGAACGUCCCUUCCCAGUCUUUUCCGGCCCCCAGCUCGCAGCAGCGCGCCGCCUCCGGGGGGCGUAGCAAGGUUCCUCUAAAACAGGGCAGAAGUCUUAUGGAUUGGAUUCGACUAACCAAAAGUGGGAAGGACCUAACAGGAUUAAAAGGCAGGUUAAUUGAAGUAACUGAAGAAGAACUUAAAAAACACAAUACAAAAAAUGAUUGCUGGAUAUGCAUAAGAGGGCUUGUUUAUAAUGUCAGCCCAUAUAUGGAGUAUCAUCCUGGUGGAGAAGAUGAACUAAUGAGAGCAGCAGGGUCAGAUGGCACGGACCUUUUUGAUCAGGUACAUCGUUGGGUCAACUAUGAAUCCAUGCUGAGAGAAUGCCUGGUUGGCAGAAUGGCAGUUAAACCUGCUGUUCCUAAAGACUGUCGUGAGGAAAAGAAAGUCUUAAAUGGCAUGCUUCCUAAGAGCCAAGUGACAGGAAUGCUGGCCAAAGAAAGCCCUGUUUCUCCAAGCUAUGACUGGUUCCAAACAGACUCUUCAGUCACCAUUGUCAUAUAUACUAAACAGAAGGAUAUCAAUUUAGAGUCAGUAAUAGUUGAUCAUCAGUUCGACACCUUUAGAGCAGAAACAAUCAUCAAGGAUUAUUCAUAUCUUGUACAUGUUGGACUAAGCCAUGAGAUUCAAGAAGAUUUUUCUGUGCGGGUUGUCAAGAAUGUGGGAAAGAUAGAGAUUGUCCUAAAGAAAAAGGAGAAUACUUCGUGGGAAUGUCUUGGUCGUCCCCUGGAGAAUCAUAAUUUACUUAUUCUGAAGAAAGAUACAGGUCUGUACUACAGAAAGUGCCAGUUAAUUUCCAAGGAAACUGUUACUCAUGAUGUGAAGUUUUUCUGUCUGAUGCUGCCACGAAGCACUCACCUUCAGGUGCCAGUUGGGCAACAUGUUUACCUCAAACUAACUAUUACAGGAACUGAAAUAGUGAAGCCAUAUACACCUGUACCUGAUUCCUUAUUCUCAGAGUUCAAGGAACCAGUUCUUCCCAACAAUAAAUACAUCUACUUUCUGAUCAAAAUCUAUCCUGCUGGUCUCUUCACACCACAGCUUGAUCAUCUUCAGAUUGGAGACUUUGUUUCUGUAAGCAGUCCUGAGGGCAAUUUUAAAAUAUCCCAGUUCCAAGAAUUAGAAGACUUCUUUUUAUUGGCAGCUGGAACAGGCUUCACACCAAUGGUCAAAGUAUUGAAUUAUGCUUUGAAUAAUGUACCCAGUCUCAGGAAAGUGAAGCUGAUGUUCUUCAAUAAAACAGAAGAUGAUAUAAUUUGGAGAAGCCAGUUGGAGAAAUUAUCAUUUAAAGAUAAAAGAUUUGAUGUUGAAUUUGUUCUCUCAGCACCUACUUCUGAAUGGAAUGGCAAAACGGGAUACAUUUCAUCAGGUCUCCUUUCUGAAUUUUUGAAAAGAAGUUCAGACAGAUCCAAAGUCCUCAUCUGCGUUUGUGGACCAAUGCCAUUUACAGAGCAGGGAAUAAGGGUGCUGCACGAUCUGAACUUUUCCAAAGAUGAGGUCCAUAGUUUUACAGGAUGAUGAAGAGCCGUCACUGUCUGUUACUCAGCUGUUUUAUCUAAAUUUGUGAUUGCUUAGGGUUUUUUAAGACAACUUUUUUAUAUAUUGAAAGGUUAACCAGGCUCCAGGCUUCAGUUUCUCAAAUGAAAUCAAAUGUUCCUUCAGUAUAGGUAACUGUUGGCUUUAUUUUGUACCAUAACUUACUUUACUAUUGACUUUCGGUCAGGAAAGUCAGUCAUGGCAACAAACCCAUACAGGUGGUUUGUUAUGAAUCGUACAGCUCCUUGCCAUUUAAAUUGUAUCACUGUUCGACAAUGAGCUCCUGUGUUUUAUGACUUGAUAAAGUAAACGAUCAUUUUGAUCAUGUUUCUAUGCUGUAAAAUAUCUUAGCAAUACAGAUUAAAUUUUACAUUGCACUGUCAACUCAGGAAAUGAUCAUGUAUGUUCUUGUUAAUAUUAAAACAUGGAAUGUUAUAACUUAGUAUGUGAUCUAAACAUUUUCUGUAUGUGCGUGUGUUUGGCAUUGAUACAGAGGAGGAUAAAAAUAUACUUACGUAUUUUUAAUCCUUGUCCUAGAAAUGUGUCUGAAUGCAGCAACACUGGGUCUGUGUCUAAGGCAAACAGUAAAAGAUAUUGGAGAUGCUUCAGACGUGCAGCUUGAGUCAGGUGUGUUAGAGAGUUUACUUUGAAAGCUGUGUUUAUUCUUAGCCAAAACCAGAGGCUUCAGGAAAGAUAAUGAAGCAUAGCAUCUGGUCCUGUGGCCCAAAGUAAUCAUUUGAUGCUUUGGAGUGGGUUAAACUUUAAUUCUUUUUGAGCCUGUCCAGACCAGCUGGGAAGAUGAGGAACACUGUGUCCAAAGCGGUCCUUCCCCGCGAUGGCUGCUUUCUCACAGCUGGCAGUGCAGCAGGGAGCCCUCCUGUGCUCUGUGGGGGCGGGGGGCACUUGGUCUCCCUCCCUGCCGUGAGUGCAGCCUGCCUGCGCUUUCCCAGGCUGGGACCCAGAAAGGGCAUCAGGAGAAGUCAGUGUGAGCUUUCGUGAGGAAACCGUUCUUGCAGAGGUGGCUACUGUAUGAGCUAAUGGAUCUUGCAGUCUUGUUUCAGAUAGCAGUGCUUUCACAGAAACGGGGUGGGGGGGAGUCUCCAGUAUCCCCGUAAAUGGUUUUGUAAUAGCUGAGUCUUCACUGAAUGAAUGUACCCAAGAGGAACACAGUGUUAACAUUGCUCGAAUUACUGACACCAGCUUAUUACCAAGCUCCCUGGGGACAAGUGGCUAGUUGAACACUGUAAUCUUUUCCUGUGCCUCCCGCUUUUAUAUAUGUACUUUUUCUCACUGAAUUUAUUGGGGUGACACUGGUUAAUAAAAUUAUUAGGUUUCA